UUGCAGCUGAUAGAAUAACCAAAGCGACAUACAGGUUAAUGUGUUUUUGGGAGGAAAUCAGAUGUCCGGCAGAACAUGCCAUGCAGAAAGACUGCUGGGAUUCGAACCCGCGACCUUUUAACUGCAUAAAACGGAGCUUCUAAGUGCGGCAGCAUGAACCCACUUAAUAUUAAUGCGUAAAUGAACUCAUUGUCUAACAAAGUCUAAAAUUACACAUUUAUUUUGAAGACGUGCACCGGAAGCAGUAAACGUUGUUACUAAUUUGAAUUUCCAGGCUCUCGGCUGGACGUCAGCCAGCAGAAUCAGUGCCUUCAGCUGACCGGGACUCCGGCACAGUGCGGACCGGGAUGAGGAGCGGUGGGACGAUUUAUGUAAGUUGUUUGUUUUUGUUGGAAAACAAACCAGACAGUUUCAUGUGAGGAGGAACCCGAAGGAAAGCUGGAGACUCCGCGCACAGACGAGAGAAUAAAGUCAAAGACUUGGUGUUGGAGACGCUGCUGUUGGGCUGCAGCUCGUUUCUUUCGACCAGAAAUGGUCGCUGGAAUCGAGACUCGUUUCUUUGAAGGACCACCACACCAAAAAAGUCCACGCUAUUCGCUUACUGACUUUGACAGCGGACUAUUCAGGACUGUUGGUGAGAUUCUGGCCGUCAGUUUGGCACAAGGAGGUCCUGCCCCUACAUUUUUCAGCCAGUGGGCUUACAGUUACCUCUGCAAUGGGCAGAUCAACCCAACACAGCUGGAUAAAAAUACUGUGGCAGAUUCACAGUUGCGGUUACUGAUUGACCAGGUGGAAUGUUCAACUGAGCAGUCACUUCAGAGCCUUACUGAUGAGAUUUUAAACUGUGGAUUCACUGGAGCCAUCUCGGUUCAAAACAAGGAACCGAUUGUCCGAGCCAUUACACUCCAUGCUGUGCUUAGACUGCAGCCAAUGUUGGAACAACUCAAGGAGGGUUUGCAGCUGUAUGGCCUCCACCUGCUGAUUAAGCAGUACCCAGAAAUAUGCCAGCCUCUCUUCGUCCUUGGGGGAGAUGUGAAAGUUAAUGCUGAGUUUGUCAUGGCAUCCAUUCACCCUCAGCUGAGUGAGAAGGGAACCUCCAAGCAUCAGGUUGAGCUGGACCUGGUUAACUUCAUUCAGGACUUGCUUUAUGAAUCAGAAGAAGGUCCAGAACAUCUAGCUGAUGAAGAUGGCCCAAGAUCUAUCACACCUGCCAGGUUUCUGCAAUGGAUCACCGGUCAAGGCCACGUUCCUCUCCUCCCCUCAGAAAAGAAGGACUUUGCUGUGGUGGUCAAAUUUAAUCACAACUGUGAAGCUGACUUUGGAAAUCACAGCAUCUGCUAUCCUGUUGUGUCAUCCUGUGCUAAGACCAUUGUCCUGCCUGUGAAACACAUGAAGUCCUAUAGUCAAUUCAGAAUGGUUCUGCUGGAGGCUUUUCAUCUUGGCCAGGAAUUUAACAAUGUGUAAAGCAAUAGUG